CAUAGCUUAAUGUUGGUUUAUUGGCAGUUUCACAGACAUGAAGAAGAAGUUGUUUUUUUUUGUUGUUUUUAUGACACUGUAUUGAUGGUUAGGUUAUUCUAUUAUUCUAGGUUAGGUGAAAUUUAUAAUAAACCUAAAAUACAUAAAACCUGAAAGUACAUUUUUGUUUUUACGAGAUGUAUGAAAAAACUUAUGAUUAGGAAAUAGUUUGAAGGCUACUAAAAACCCAAUCCAUAUUUUCAUUUGACUAAAAUGGAGAUAACUGAUGAGGACUGGUUCUAUGAUUCAAUUUCAAGAUAUGAAAAUUUACAUAUGUUUGAAUUGGAGCAACCAAUACAACAAGUUGAAUCUACCGGAACAGACAGCAUCUGUGUAUCAUGUUCAAACACUAGAAGACACCAACUUCUUGAGCUCUCACUUCCAUCUAAACUUUUAUCUUCCAACAAUGAAAUUACCAGUAAUACCGAUUUGAAAAUAAAAUGUGGCACAUUUACAGAAAAAAUGUGUUAUCAGAUAAAAUCAAUUGAUGAAUGCAAAUUAAUUGUUUCAUAUGUAGAUGUGGAGGGCAUUUCUCUGUAUGGCUUACCAUCUGAUUCUGAUGAAAUAAAAAAAGAAUCCCUCAACAUUGAUUGCCCCUUGGAGUGUCCGAUGAUUGCCACAAAUGAUUCUCUAGUGUGGUUGGCCAAGAAGAGAACCGAUAAAAUGUAUCUAUUUGACCUAAAGACAGAGAAGCCAGUCCAAUCUUUAAAGCUAGACCAACACAUCUCGGACGGGAAUGAUGAGAAGACUGUGCCAAUGUUCCUGGGUCCUCAUGUAGCAGCUUUUGGUGGUCAGAGGACUGGAGAUGUUUUCAUAGCUGAUCAUAGAGUGUCUCCGGGACGAUGGUGUUUUGCUACAUCCCACCUCUCCUCUUCCAAAGAUUCGAACUAUUGGAGUUUUGCCUCUCUAUUUGAGUGCUCAAAGGGAAUAACAAACUCAUGUAACAAUAUUUGUUACGCAAAAGUUUCAAGUGAUGGGACAUUAAUGGUGUAUGAUACUAGGAAUGUAGAGUUUCCAGUUUAUAGAGACACUAAGUUAGGUGUGAAGACUGACAAUGCUACGCCUCAGAUUAGAUUCAAACCUGGCAACAAAGACUGUGUUUCGGUCGGUGGCUUCAACGGAAAUGUGUAUGUUUACCAGUUGGAAAAGGAAGAUCCCAAACUAUUGUUUACUCAUGACGGUCAUAAACAUGUGGAAAGUUAUUCAUCACAGACUGAGGUGACGAGUCAUCUGUGGCCGCAACUUGACAACCUAGUAAUAUCAGCAGCUGAUAAUGGGACAAUCCAAAUGUGGCAGUUUGGAGUGAAGGACAGCUAAUAUACUGUUUAGUUUACUUGAAUUGAAUGUGAAUGAACUAAUGCAUUGUGAAAGUUCAAUUGCAUUGGGGUUCUUUACCUUUGCCUGUCAUCAUAGACCUGCUGGUCAAGACAUUAAAGUAAGCCAGUGAUCAGCCGAAGACACUACCACUGAUUG